UGGUGGAUCGAAGACUGCCAGAAAACGUCCAUGGAGCCUCUGCAAAGCAGAGCUUCAAGCCAGCCAUCUGCAACCACCGUGAAUUUAGAGCAGCGCUGCAGCCGUCUCACAGUCCGCAAAAUGAAUACCGAAGAGGCGAGAGAUUAUCUCUCUUCGAUAAUCAACAAGAAUCUGCGCGUCACCACGACAGACGGUCGCCUAUUUUGGGGAGAGCUCAAAUGCACCGACCCUGAACAAAAUAUAGUAUUAUCCCACACAUAUGAAUAUCGUCCGCCAUCAGAUCGACAGCGCGCCGAGGCCAUGGCGAAAGUGGCGGGCGAUGAGUCCGUGACGCUAGACAUGACUUCGCGGUAUGUGGGCUUGGUGGUCGUGCCCGGCAAAUAUGUUGUCAAAAUCGAGGUCGAAAAGUUUUCCAGUCAGCUUUCGCAAGAAGAGCGCACAAUGUAUCUACAACAAGGGCAAACUGGCGUUAAAUAGUGGUGGCGUCGGUUUUACAUGAGAUGAUGACCUUCUGGGACAACUACCCUGACACUGUACAUAGAUAUUAUACCACCUUAGAUACGGAACCCGCGGCGUUUUUUGUUUUAC